AUGCAACGAAACGACCUAGCACUCCCUCGCGGUUCCCUGGUUCUUGUGACCGGGUCCAAUGGGUAUAUUGCUUCGCACAUUGUCGAUCAUCUACUUCAGUUGGGGUACCGUGUGCGAGGAACUAUCCGCCAGCCUAAACCAUGGCUGAACGAGUACUUCACCGACAAGUAUGGCGAGGGGAAAUUCGAGACCGCCAUUGUUCCGAAAAUCGACGUUGUCGACGCUUUCAAAGAGUCUCUCAAGAGCGUUGAUGGAGUUAUCCACGCGGCGUCUGAUGUGUCCUUCAGUGACGACCCAGACAGUGUCAUCCCCACGAUGGUUGCGGCCACAGAGAACCUUCUCAACGCAGCGGCUAAAGAAAAGUCUGUCCGACGAUUUGUUCUGACUUCUUCAUCUGCCGCUGCAUUUAUCCCCUUUCCUGACAAGGCGGUUGUGGUGGAUACAGGCAAGUAG